CCACACUCCAGCAACCAACACCUCACAACCCGCCGCCAUGCCUCAGAACGAGUACAUCGAGCGCUGGACGAAGCAGCACGGCAAGCGCCUCGACCACGACGAGCGCAAGCGCAAGAGGAUAGCGCGUGAAGGCCACGAUGGCUCGAAGAAGGCACAAAACUACCGCGGUCUGCGCGCCAAGCUCUACGCCGAGAAGCGCCGCAAAGAAAAGAUCCAGAUGAAGAAGACGAUCCGCGCACACGAGGAACGCAACGUCAAGACGUCCGAGCCCGCCGAGCCGUCGACCGAAGCGCUACCGCAGUACCUGCUCGACCGCAGCAACGAGAAGAACGCCAAGGCCCUCUCCUCCGCAAUCAAGCAAAAGCGCAAUGAGAAAGCAGCCCGCUUCAGCGUGCCCCUGCCCAAGGUCAAGGGCAUCAGCGAGGAGGAGAUGUUUUCGGUGAUAAAGACCGGUAAAAAGACUGCAAAGAAGAGCUGGAAGCGCAUGAUCACAAAGCCGACAUUCGUCGGUCCGGGCUUCACGCGUAGGCCGGUCAAGUACGAGCGCUUUAUUCGCCCGAUGGGUCUGCGCUACAAGAAAGCGAAUAUUACGCACCCGGAGCUCAGUGUUACGGUGCAGCUGCCGAUUAUUUCGGUCAAGAAGAACCCCCAGAACCCGUUGUAUACGCAGCUUGGCGUCCUGACAAAGGGUACGAUCAUUGAGGUGAAUGUGUCGGAGCUGGGUCUGGUUACUGCGGGUGGUAAGGUUGUGUGGGGUCGGUAUGCUCAGGUGACAAACAACCCCGAGAACGACGGCUGUCUGAACGCUGUUUUGCUCGUCUAGACGCGUACGAAGAGUUGAUGUGUAGCAUUUCACGGCGUUGUGUGUUGGGCUUGAGUUCAGACAUGGCGUUCAAGGGCCCAUCGAUCAGGGUACAUCGGUUUGCGAGGCAGGACUAAAAGUUGGCUGAUGAUGCAGUGUCUUGCGGCGCCCGCGUGUGAGCAAGGAGCGCGCAAGGAAAGAAGAUUAAGAUUAUAGAUACCACAAUAAACUGACUG